AUAUUAGCUCUCUUCUUUGUCUUUCUUUUUCUUGUCUAUAGGGCGUGAGAAGCAAAGUCUAUAAAAGUGGAAGUAACACAGAUCCGAAACACACAGACACACACACACAAAUAACAAUGGAAGUAACGCAAAUUCUUCACAUGAACGGAGGUCUGGGGGAGACCAGUUAUGCCAACAACUCUUUAAUUGCAAGAAAGGUGAUAUCCAUGUCAACACAAAUGAUAGAAGAAUCCGUAACUGAACUAUACAAGAGCAUGGUACCCAAGACUAUGUGCAUAGCAGAUUUGGGCAGUUCCGCCGGACCAAACACUUUGUUUGCGGCGUCGGAGGUUGUGAGAACUGUCGGGAAACUUCGCCAGAAACUGGAGCACCGGGCUGCCCUGGAUUUCCAAAUAUACUUGAACGAUUUGCCUGGAAAUGAUUUCAACUCGCUUUUCAGGGUUUUCCUGCCCAGGUUUCAGUCGGAACUAAGGCGGGAAAUGCCGCCUGGAUCCGGACAAUGCUUCGUGUAUGGAGCUCCAGGGUCAUUUUACGGCAGGCUUUUUGCUGCUAAAAGUCUCCAUUUUGUUCAUUCUUCUACCAGUCUAAUGUGGCUGUCCAAGGUCCCGGCAGGGGUGGGGCUGAAUAAAGAAAACAUUUGCGUGUCAAGUACAAGUCCUAAAACUGUGAUCAAUGCCUACUAUAAGCAAUUCCAGGGAGACUUUUCGACAUUUCUGAGAUGUCGUUCCGAGGAAGUGGUGGGUGGUGGGAGAAUGGUGCUGUCUAUGUUGGGAAGGAAGAGUGAAGAGGCUUCCAGCCAAGACGGCUGCUACAUUUGGGAGCUCUUAGCCAUGGCAAUAAAAGAAAUGGUGUCCCAGGGGCUUCUCUUGUUUGUCACAGCAAGGGCAUAUAUGGUUAUGCCAUUGCCCAGCAUGCAGCAUGUUGCACAUUUUCAUCCUCGUAACUUCAAUUGGGCUAAUAGAAGAAAACAAGCUACACACAUUCCACAUCCCUUAUUUCACACCUUCGCCAGCGGAAGUCGCAGCAGAGGUCGAAAAGGAAGGCUCCUUCGCCCUCAACGCCGUCGAGGUCUCGGAAAUCAGUUGGGCUGCAUGCAGCAACUCUCCGUUACAUUCCGAGAAUGCGUGGCAUAUGGCCAGUUGCCUGAGGUCCGUAGCGGAGCCCUUGUUGGUCGAGCAAUUUGGUGAAGUCUUGAUUGAUGAACUGUUCGAGAAUUACAGGAAGAUACUUUCUCAUCGCAUGUCUGUAGAAGAUAACAAAUUUGUCAAUGUUAGUGUUUCCAUGACGAGACGAGACUAAUCACUAGCCCAAGAACUAAACUUGCUGGCCGAAUGUUCACUACAAAUGAAAACAAAGAAAGAUUGGCGACAAAAAAAAGAAAAAAUAAGUGAGGAUUUGGGGAAAAUAGCAGUUUUAGUUCCAUAAGUUAAUUAUGCUCAUAUCACUUUUGGUCCCAUUCAUUACGACAUUAGCACUUUUAGUCUGAUAACUUACCAAAAUUAGCACUUUUGAUCCUCCUGCAUUUCUCCAUCUACAAUUUAACGAUGUAGUUUACAUGCCUAUGAGUGCUUUU